UCCGAUUAUGACACUUCAACUACCAGAUAAUAUUUGUAACAAUGUACGAAAUCACCCCUCUCCCAGUUUCUUUGCUUAUCUACUAAAAAGUCAAAACACACGAAAUCCAUCAUACUUUUGACAAACGAAACGACGCAGUUUUUUAAGUGUUACUCUCUCACAAGUCACACAAACUGUCUUGUGAAAAUGGGUCUAAGCCAAACCGCAGCAGUACUCGUCGCUGUGUUCGCGUUUUGUCUCGUAGCUGUAACGGCACAGCUCGCCUACGUUUUGUGGUGGAAACGUCGGUUCCGUCGUCGGAGUAUCGCCGGAUCAGAACUGGACGUUUUCUCCUCCCGCGGAGGUGAUCCCAAUGCUACACCACCGCCGUCCAAAGAGCUUCUUUACUUCUUCCUCUUCUGUCUCGAGAACAAACAGUUCCGAAUAGGUUCCGCCACAGCUCCGCCGCUCCCUCCAGCAGCCGCACCGCCGGUCGAUGACGUGGCGUCGAAGUGGUCAACGGGAGAGAAUCUACUUAGCGGGCCAUCGGAGACUCUGUUCACCAUCGCUGAAGACUGUACGAGCGAGUCCGAUCAUCACCGGACGGGUGAGAUUGAACCACGUGGAAGCAUCUCUACGGAGGAUCAUGCGAANCUAAACCCUAAAUUGUCUCAGUUUUAA